CAAGGGCCCUUAUCAUCUCCUCCAUCGCUGCCCUGUUUCUCCAUCAUUUUCUCCUUCGGUUUCAAUCGUUAAAGGGGGAGGGGACAAGUUGGCCAACUUUUUUUUCGCUAUCCGUUCGACCCGUUUUGCACCGAAUCGAAUCGAGAAGUUGUCCCUUACGCUAGUGCCCCCGUUGCCUGAUUGUUUCGCAUUACAUCGGGCUUGAAACCACGCCCUCUCCGUCGCCCGCCUGCGGUUUUCCCUUUUUUGCUCCCGGACUCUGGAUCGCUGUGUUUGUUGGAAUUUCAUUACCGGGAUUUCAGGUGACCAUUGGACAACCAUGGCGCAGCAACCAAAUGACAAUGUUAUGCGAAGGAAGCUGGUGAUUAUCGGAGAUGGUGCAUGUGGGAAAACCAGUCUUCUCAGCGUCUUUACAUUGGGGUAUUUCCCAACACAUUAUGUCCCUACCGUUUUUGAGAACUACGUGACGGAUUGCAGAGUCGAUGGUCGCUCUGUGCAAUUAGCAUUGUGGGAUACUGCAGGUCAGGAAGACUACGAGCGAUUGCGACCUAUGGCAUAUUCCAAAGCCCAUGUCAUUCUGAUCGGUUUCUCUGUCGAUACCCCUGAUAGUUUAGAGAACGUGAAGCACAAGUGGAUGGACGAAGCAAACGAGCGAUGCCCCGGCGUUCCUAUCAUAUUGGUUGGUUUGAAGAAGGAUCUUCGCGAUGAUCCCCUUGCGAUAGAGGAGAUGAGAAAGAAAUCGCUACGAUUCGUGACACCCAAAGAGGGCGGAGAUAUAUCAACCCAGAUUGGAGCCAGGAAGUACCUGGAGUGCUCAUCUUUAACGGGAGAGGGUGUUGACGACGUCUUCGAAGCGGCCACUCGCGCGGCCCUUCUCACGUUUGAGAAGCGAAAGAGUUCAUGCUGCAUCGUCCUAUGACGGAUCGAAGAGAGUCUAGUACGCUCAAGCCUGCGUUGCUUCUGCAUUGAGAGGCACAACGGGGGAUAAGGUCCGUCGAUGACAUUUCAUUUUAUCGAUAUCUUGCAUAACCGGCGUUUGGGAGGUUUCUUGUCGAC